AUGCAUUGUUCGUUCCUAAGCAUGAGAUUUCUUCUCGACCUGCUGUUUUCCGGCUGGUACCGUACUUCAGCUUCUGCUUUUGUUCCCGCUGCUCCUGCUGCUGAAUCUGCUACUCCACUUGCAGAUGCUCCUGCAGCUGGACUUGCCACUUCUACUGCUGCUGCUUCUGUGUUCUUCCAAUCUUCUCCUGCUGCUCCUGCUGCUCUUGCUGCUCCUGCAGGUGCUGCUGCUGGUAACCCUGUAAGUUGGCCGCUGGCGCCAGCAACAGAAGCCUCAGACAUAAGCGGCCCUACAGAACGACCCCCCCAUUGGUUCUCCUCAGGCAACCUCGCUGGUACUUCAUCUGUACUCGUUAUAAGCACAUCCCGCACCGGUUCUUGCUUCACAGUGAAAUCAGGAGGGCGAUGA